GGAUUUUAGUCGCUUGUUGUCGCUGUGUCCAUGGAAAGUUUGUGUGUGUGUUUUUUCCUUCCUGAAAGUUUACGCAGGGCUGUUGCGCGCAUCCAACAUGACAGAGAAAGUAACGGACAUCACGGCUGGCAGUGAUUCCCUGCUGUGCUGGUUACUGCAAUGAAUGGUAACACUGUCCAGCAGACCACAAGCACUGCACCAUCCGUAGCACCUCCUUGUGGAUGGAGGGAGUUCUGCGAGUUGCAUGCCAGCACCACGGCCCGAGAACUUGCCCAGCACUACCGGCGCUUCGUCAGAGAGCGGCCGGUGCAGGAUGUGGUCCCGCCAGAAAGUUUCUCAAAGCAGUUCAGCGCCCUCUUCCAGCACCACUUCAGCUGUGAGGUGGCUAAAGAUGCAGAACCUGCCCUGUGGCCUCCACUGCCUCCUCCUUUGCUGCCCAUGACUGGCCGCUUACGCAUCACUUCCUUCUCAGGGGUGCUGGAUUACCGGGAGACUGCGCGGCCAGGAAUGACUCCAUUAGUUGCCGUGUUGGCACCCAAACCAGAUGCUGCCGGCGUCCCUAGAGAACAGGAGCAGUUGCUGCGAUGCUCUCCCGCAGACACUACACACAGAACGCAGCAUCAUAGCCAGGAAGACGAACACCCAGAGCAGAGGACCUGGUCUGAACAAUACUCACCCACUUUAUUUUCCUUCCCUUCCCGUAGUGAUGUAACCAACUUUUCCGUCAGGGGAUUUCGAGAAAGCGUAUGCCGAUUCUUUAAGAAAUCCCCCCAAACUGAUGAACCUUCAGGUAGUAGCCCAAGGGACGAUAUGAUCAAGGGGGGCGGACCCUCAGCGACUGUUGAUUGCACCCCUCAAACCCCACCUCAGACUGUGCAGGUACCUGCCCAUCGCACCUCGCAGAAGGGUGCGCGGUGGGAACGAUGGAAUCUGUUACGAACUGUGAGACGGAGGCAAGAGACAGGAAGUGUUUGUAAAGAGGGGCAACUGCGGUACCUGGAGGUGGAUGACACUAUCUCAGACACACCCCCGCAUUGGCUGCGCUGCCACCUGCAGGUCAGGAGGAUCAACGAGCACACCGCUAGUGAGAGGUACCAGCUGGAGCUCUACGACCCACCCAAGGACUACAAAACGCCAAAGCUCAGCAUACCCUGUUCAGACAUCCAAGAGAUUCGACGCUGUAAUCGCCUAGAGAUGCCAGACAACAUGAACACAUUUGUCUUAAAGGUUACUGGUCAUCCAGGUAGUUUUCUCUUUGAGGCUGAUAAUGAGCAGCAGGUGAGCUCUUGGACCACGGAGCUCAGAGAAUGCAUCACCAGCAGGUCAGAUAGUGUGGAUGGAGAAGCGUUCCCUGUCAGCGACUCGCUCAAUGCAGCUCGCAGAGGGAGUACAGAGCCCAGCGGCCAGGGCUUUCUGGGUUUUGGACUUUCAGAGCACACCUACAAUAAAACGGAUCACUUCCUGUCCUCUUACCCAUGGUUCCAUGGGCCCAUAUCACGUGUGCGAGCUUCCUACCUUGUACAGCAUGCCGGGUUCAGCGGUCAUGGGAACUUCCUGGUGAGACAGAGCGAGACGCGGAGAGGAGACUACGUCCUCACAUUUAACUACCAGGGCAGAGCAAAGCAUUUGCGUCUAUCUUUAACUGAAUGGGGUCAGUGUCGUGUGCAGCACCUGCGUUUCCCAUCAGUCAUGGACAUGCUGAGUCACUUCCGCAACUGUCCGAUCCCGCUGGAGUGCGGCGCCGCAUGCGAAGUUAUGCUGGCCAAUUACGUGCGGGUAAACCCCACUCACACAGGUCAGAGUUCGGUUGUCGGCUCUCCGGUAUUGGUGCCCUUCUCUCGCUGGAGCUCAGAGCCGAGUCUGACUCACUGUAGUCCGGAUUCAUGCCCUCACUCCAGCCCCUCCACAGCCCAGUCGUCAGCAUUAUCCGCGCUCCCGCAUCACACGCCCUCUUCGUUUCCAGACCGCCCUGUUCCCGUCCCCCUGCGCCGGAGCGAGUCAGUGGGCCGCAGAAACCUGCUCCGCCACCCCAACCCACUGCCGCCCCUACUGGCCAACCGAGACUCUGACUACGAACUGGAGCCGCCCGACAGGGGGCGCAAGAGAGCCAUCGACAACCAGUACAUGUUCUUCUGACAGAGACAGAGGUUGAAAAAGAACAAAAGAAGUAACAGAGGAAAAAUGCUCCAGAAUUCCCAGCCAGACGGAGAGCAUCCGGCAGCCAAACGGAGAAAGGAGUUGGAGUCGUGCGAGAUUGCGCACGAGACUCAGGGUUGAGGCACCUGUGCGUGAACGAUACUGCCGGACACCUGCCAGCUGUCUACCGUGUGAAUGUAUUAUACAGAUGUGUCACUAUCAAAUCGGUGUGUGUUGUAGAAUAGCUCCGAGGAGUUGUUGGAUGGGAACGUUUCGCGAUGGCUGGUCAGUAAGUGUAACAAACCAAAAGUGGAGUCAAACAUGUCCGUGUCUACACUGGAAGCGGACAUCGCGACAACUUGAGGCCGUCUACACUGGAUACAUUCAUAAUCAGCUGCAAUCUCAAGGCUAGACUUUAGUAAUCGACGAUUGCUAAAAUGACAAUUCAGUUUGUCGAUCAGACA